AGCAAAGUGAAUGAGUAGCGGCAGCGAAACACCGGUGGUUGUGCUGUUUGUAUGCAGAGCGACACAACGACCUAUCGCACGGUCACGCUUUUCUCCCUGCUGUGUCAGUUGACAGUUAUUCUGAAGGACAAGCUGAUUUUGGAUAGAUUUAUCUUCUCGAUAUUUACAUUUUGCAUUGGAAUUACGAUGUGCAUGCGCAAAGAGGACCCCGCACGUUUUGACAACAGCAGCCAGCGAGUCAUCGGACAGAGAGCAUAACGGUAAUAUAUAGUGUUUGGCUAUUCCGUUGUCGCAGAGGACGGACGCGUGUGAGCGUCAUAAAGGCAUCUUUCUUGUGGUUGGAAUUCUUUCAAUUGGAAGAACAAGUUUUUUUUUUGGCUGGAAAAUCGCCUCCAUACACCUUUUUGUCAUUCCGGAAAAUUGCCAAGGAAUUUCUUCAAGACGUUGCGACAGGCAGUACAACUGAGUGUGAAAUGUUCCCGUUUUUCUGACCGAUUUUCAAAUAUUCGCACUCUGUUCGUAAUGUGGGAAAAGUCACAUCCCUGAGUGCUUAGAAUUCCUAUCUGCUUACUGAAAGCGGGGCUUGGCAGUCAGACAACGGAGCAAAACAUCUAAGAUAUCGCCAAACGAAUUUUACGAAUUAGCCAUGUCAAAAUUAUCCGGUUUGUCGUGUGUGGGUAUAUUCUGGGCAGUUCUGUCUCUUCUUGCAACAGUGGCAGCAAGUGUUGGAUUCUAUAUGCCUUACUGGCUACAUGGAGCCUUCAGUGAUUCCACACCCAUAUAUUUUGGAGUAUUUCGAAGAUGCAACUAUCCUAAAUUAGACGACGAUGGUCACUUGGUGAUCGUGCGCGAGUGCGGUAGAUAUACAACUUUCUGGGAUAUACCGAGCGUGUUUUGGCAGAUUGCGACCGUCGCGGUGGGCGUGGGGUGCGGUCUGGGGCUGCUUGUCUCCAUGACGGGGGUGAUGUCGGUGUGUGUCAGGGACGUCAUCACCCCCGUGGUCGGCAAGGUGGCUUCGGCGAUGCAGCUGUGUGCAGGCCUGUUGAUUGGUGGAGGGCUGGCUAUCUACCCCUACGGCUGGAACAAUGUUGAAGUUCACCAGGCGUGUAAUGGGAUGUCUGGUCACUAUUAUCUAGGUAGCUGUACGUUAUCGUGGGCGUUCUACCUCACGGGCUGUGGCGCUGGCUUGACGGUCAUCUGCUGUAUGAUGGCGUGUCACGCUCACCGCAAGAAAGACACUCACACUGUCACAUACCAUGUGUAAUAGACGACUGCCGGGCGUGACGGACGUCUGUCACUGUCAUUGACUGUAAUCCAUUUCAACACAUCAGCAUGACAAUCAGCUGUUACCAGGAUUCAAGCACCUGGCACCACCACCCUGUGAAGUGACAGUGUUGAUGUGUCACCUGUCACACUUCAGUGUUGUACAUUUCAUGCAAUGGACGUGAUAUUGACAUCCAGUGAUGAUGAACACAACUGUGGAAUCUCAAUACCUGAAUGUUUGUGGUUGUAAGUGAAACCAUCAUUUAGCACACAAUCUGAAGACCAAUCUACAUGACAUGGGAAAUAAGCCAUCAUCCUUUUCAUUCGUACCACAAUUCAUCCAUACAAACUCGGCACUGUGCACGGCUUGUAAGUCGCCAAGCAUAUCUGACAACACCAAUACCUGGAUUGAUUUGGCUUGUUGAGUGGGCCGGAGUUGUUAAGAAAUGAGUGACACCUCAUUGGAAUAUUAGAUUGAUGUUGUCGAUCACUUCUGCAUCCUAAAUCACAGCAUCUAUGUCACAUUUUACAGCUUGCAGCUUGGGUGUUGUAAUUCAUGAAAUGAUCAAAGGGAGACAACUCUACAAAAUUUCACUCGACAGUUUGCCUGUUGAUAUUAUAGAAAAGACCUUGAUUGAUUUCAGGAGACAUGAUAAAUCUUUAAUAAAUUUGUUAAGUAUAGGUACUCACAUAGAAAAUGCCUCGAUUCUCUCACAUGUGUUUGACGUUAAUUAUAUGGAAGUUAAUGUUCAUGAAAUAUAUCAGCUUGAGUGUAUUGUGAUAAAAUAAUGAAAAUAUUUCAUAGAAAUAAUACAGUAUGUGAUUACAUUUUAAUAUACAUUAUUUAGAAUUUUUUCACAUGGUUGUAUUUUUACCAUGAGUAGAAAAUAACAUUCUUGUCUGUUUUAGUAGUUCUAUUUUUACUAGACAGGUUGAUCAUAAUAUCAGUGAUUUUGAAAUUAGCACGUGAAUGUGUGAAAGGAAGGUUAUGUUUAUUCAAAAUUUAAGUUAUUAACAGUUGUGGGGAUCUUAGUAAUGGUUGCACAAAAUAGGAAUGUUUUUCACUUGAUAUGAUGAAAUAGAUCUAAGGGAGGUAAUUCUCACGUCGGGAAAUCAUUCCAAGUUUUGUCUUCAAAUGAGCCAAUCUCAUUCAAAUCAGAUCUUAGUUCUCGCUGCCGCUCAACAAAGAUCUGAGGACAUCCCAUUAUGGGUCACCUCAGACCGACCUUUCGCGAAUUCUGACCGACCAAUGGAAUUACUGACAAGAAAUCGACAUUAGCCAAUCAGAAGGCAGCUUUCUCGUGCUUUACGGCACUAAUUUCAAAUUGGCGACUACGCUUCAAAACAUAUUUUGACAAAUUCUCACUUAAAAAUUUAAAACCUGAAAAAAGAACAUUCACAAAUGGCUAAUAUAUGGUCUAGAUUGUAUAGAUUCUGUCGUUAAGCCCGUAACUAUCGUUUGGAAUUCCCCGUUUUAAAGUUUUCGAGGCUGCAUGAUUAGAAAUCACAUUCCGACUGUCACUUUCAUGAUCUGGUAAGCGACGCUCUGAUUGGUCGGAUGAAAGGUCGUUCUGGCGUGACCCCUAAUGGGAUGUCCUCAGAUCUUUUUUCAGCAGUAGCGAGAACUAAAACCUGAUUUUAAUGAGAUUGCAAAUCAGCUUGUCUACCAAACCUGUUUCUGUAAUACAGGAUCAGUGGUACACAGUACGACAUAUUUAUCAUGACCAUGUCCUAACCCAUGAAUACAUACAUGUUGUAAUGCACAUGUUAAUUUAAUGUUCCAAAAAGGUUUUGUGUAUAUAGACACUGAAAGUGUGCGUCUAGUCAUUGCAAAUAGUGCUCCAUCACUAGAUGCUGAUACAGAAAGGUUGUAUAUUUAUUUGGAGAUUGUCGUGAUUUGUAUGAAGAACUGGAACUAAUUGUCCCAGAUUAAUCAGUCAAGAGGCAUCUUCCUGAGGCAAGGGAAUUAACUGACUUUAAGAGUUCAGUUUCAAAUCUUGCUGAACUAGGCUGGAAUUGUGGAGUUAUAUAUUUGCUGUGCAUAGUCCAAACACAAUACUGUAAUCAUAUCGACAUCCGGUUCACUGUCAUGCCGAAUUUGUUCGAUUGCAGGAUUUGCAGACUGUGUAUCGUCAACUGGAAUUGUGGAGUUAUAUAUUUGCUGGAGUUAGGGCUGGGACGAGUCUAAAUUUACUACCUGAGUACCACCCCCCUAUUACCCGACAUUACCCGGGUACCCACUGUAGGUCUCAAGAGGUAGGUGAAAACUGUCCGAUUUGGAAUAGUUUGACGGUAGCUCUGGUAAAAUGUGUUUAGAUACAUGUAUGAAACCAUCUGGUGUAUACACUGAAGUUGACUGAAGUUUUAUUUUUAUUCAAACAUAUAAGAAGGAAUGGGCGAGCCCAGAAAUUCCAGCCCAGUUUGACAAGGGUGGAAACUGGACUUUGACUUAAGGGUCAGUUACCUCCCUUGCCUCGGGAAGUCUCCUCGGGAUGUCAUGGGGUCUCCUACACAGAUUGUUGUAAUUGUUGUGAAUAUCAUACCAUUGUAGCUAUGUGGAAAUCUAUUAAAACAGUUGUAAUUUCA